AAGAGCAUUUCGAUCGCCACACAGAAAAAUUGGAGAAGAUCAUUCAAUGGCUAAGGAAGAGUUUUCAGUGGCCGUGGACACAUCCAAGAUGUUAGAUCUGAUAGGAAUCCUAAAGGAAUCCCUUAAGAUUCCUUUAAAGAAUCUGAAGCUUAUGGUCUCAGUCAUGCUCCUGUUGCUGAUCCCAUUCUCUCUACUUGCUUUGAACCACGAUCUCGUGGCUGGCCCAUUCCUGAUCGAGAUUGAAGAUCAAGAAUCCGACAGUGGUUGGAACUUCAGCACCUCUAGAGUCCAAAAAGACAUUAGAAUUCUUGUGGGUCUUGAAUCAGUCUACUUCAUUGCUUUCUGUGUUCUCAUACCAUUCACAAUGACCGCGACCAUGUACGCAUCAGCAACAACAUACACCGGUAAGCAUCUGAGUCUCAUGGAUGUGUGCUUGAAGAUAAUCGAAAUAUGGAAAAGGCCAAUGAUUACAUGGUUGUACGUUUUACUAAUCACGGCUGUUUAUGCUUUCAUCGUUGUGAUGGUGUUUGUGGCAUUCGCUCUAAUUACUAAUGGUGGGACGUUGAUAGCUAUGAUAGGAUUGGUGAGCCUUCCUGCGAUGAUAUUUUUUGUAUACUUAGCUGCUGUUUGGAUGUUGGGUCUUGUGAUUUCUGUGGUAGAAGAGGAUUGUUAUGGUAUGAAGGCAAUAAAGAAGGCAGUGUACCUAAUCAAAGGAAGAAAGCUUCAAGGGUUUGGUCUAAUGAUGGUUUUAGCACUCUUAAUUGCUCCAAUUUCGGUGCUGUUCUCUCUCAAUACAAUCGAAGAUGAUAUAGAACCGGUAGUUCGGCUUGCAAUCGGAGCUAUCGAGACGGUACUUGCCAGCAUCUUGAAGCUAUUCGCCUUUGUCGUGUACACUGUGUUUUACUAUGAAUGUAAGAAUAGCCAUGGAGGGAAAGUGGAGAUGGAAGAUGAAGAACGGUGUGGAUUAGUUUCCACUAAUCUCUAUGUUAAUCACUCUCUUCCUUGAGUGAGUUUUUUUUGGUGUUAGAGUAUUUUAGACAUUUCUUGUGAUUAGUGAGUUGUUUUUUUUAUUAGUGAGUUGUUAAAUAGGGUUUCAGAUUAUAUAUCAAAACUCUACAGGUUUAGCUUCUUGAAUUAGAGGUUGGGAUGUUCUUUUUGUGUAAUAAUCAUGGAAUGGU